UGGAAGGGAAGGAAGUCACGUGGGGCGCAGGGGGCGUGGAGAGAGAGACUCAGUCACAUGACGGGGGCCUUCAGCGCGAUACUGGAGAUGCUGGAGUGAGCGGAGAGAGAUUACAGGUUGGGCUCUAACACCUCGAAUGCUGCACGAUGGAGGGGAACCCUCUGAUGCUGACAUAUACAUUGCAGGAAUUAUUGGGUCAUGAUACAGUGCAGGUGGAGCUCAUCCCGGAGAAGAAAGGCCUGUUUCUCAAACAUGUGGAGUACGAGGUGUCCAGUCAGUUUUUUAAGUCUUCCGUGUAUAGAAGAUACAAUGACUUUGUCAUGUUCCAGGAAAUGUUGUUACAGAAAUAUCCCUACCGCAUGGUACCGGCUCUUCCACCAAAGAGAAUGCUUGGAGUGGAUCGAGAGUUUAUAGAAUCCCGAAGGCGCGGUCUAAAGAGAUUCGUUAAUUUAGUAGCCAGGCACCCGUCUUUCUGGGACGACAUACUUGUGAAUAUUUUUCUUUCAUAUAAUGGUCAGGAUGUACAGAAUAAAAUGCGUGAAUCUUCCCAUGCGGUGGGAGAUGAGUAUAUGCUGUGCAAACUUGCAACACAAGCCAAGGAUUUCCUCCCGGCUGAUAUCCAGGUCCAAUUUGCAGCCAGCAGAGAGCUGAUCAGGAACAUCUUCAACAGCUUUUACAAGCUGCGGGAUCGAGCGGAGAGAAUGGCUGGAAGAGCCAUUGACAAUGCCACUGAUCUUCUGGGCUUUGGCAAAGAACUAAGUGCCUUGGGCUCUGAUACAACCCCACUACCCUCCUGGGUCACCCCAACACACAGCUCCUGGGGAGCACUAAAACAAGCACUGAAAGGACUAUCUGUUGAAUUUUCUUUGCUUGCUGAUAAAGCAGCACAGCAGGGCAAACUUGAAGAAAUAGAUGUGGUGGAGAAGCUGAACCUUUUCCUGGAUCUCCUGCAGUCAUAUAAGGAUCUGUGUGAAAGGCACGAGAAAGGAGUAUUACACAAGCACCAGAAAGCUUUGCACAAGUACAGUCUAAUGAAGAAGCAGAUGAUGAGUGCUACUGUACAGAAUAAGGAAGCCGAGUCUGUGGAACAACUGGAGUCUCGCAUUGUGGAGCAAGAGAAUGCCAUCAUGGUCAUGGAACUGAGGAAUUACUUUUCCCUCUUCUGUCUGCAUCAGGAAACCCAGCUCAUCCACAUCUAUCUGCCCCUCACCUCCCACAUACUCGGGGCAUUCGUCAAUUCACAAAUCCAGGGACACAAGGAGAUGACUCAAGUGUGGAAUGAAUUAAAGCCGAAGCUGAAUUGUCUGUUUGUGGGAUCUUCUGGCCUUGCCACCCCACCCCUGUCUCCAGAGGAACGUCAUUUCUUUACUCACUAGACCCAUAUCUAGAGAAAGGCUAACCGAUGAGACCGAUGCAGUACUCAAGUUCUAGAUUGCCAUGUUGGUCAGUUUUUUAGUGAGAUUUUGUCCUAGGCAGGCUGUUUAUGGGAUGAUUUACUUUUUGGUGUGAGAUCAAACUAUGCAUAAAUCUAUUGACCCCCCAACUAUAUUGCCAGCAAACUCUUGAAGGCAGACAGUUUGUCCAUUUGAGGCAAUUGUCAAUACUAGACAUGCUAACAAGGCAUGACAAUAUUGAUGUACUUUUCUCUAGUUAAAGUAUAUUCUAAGCCAAAAAAUGUUUUUGUUUCAGAUACAGUUUGGAAGUUCUAAUGGCAGAUGAUAUGGUGUGCUACGGAUUAACCUGUGCACCACAUCCCCCAACAAACCAUAUUAUUGACUACAAAUUACACAGGGCUUCUUGGGUGCCUUUUUGACAAAUAAACAUUAUAGACUAGAAUAUAU